AUGUCUGAUUGGAAGGAUUCAGAUAAACAGAACUGCUCUACCUUUUCUGAUGUGGCAAAUUUCAAGAAUGCUUUAAGGCAGUUUCAGAAAGUAGUUGAAAAAACAGUAGCUCAGAAGAAGGAGGAAAGAUUAGGCCUGUACAUUAAAGAUGAGAAUGAAAUAGAUUAUGAUAAAUUCUGUGCAACAGUACAGACUCUUUUUGGUCCGGAAGUGAAAGAUCAAGAUGUUAAGGCCUUUUUUAGGAAAAUUAGUAACAAUCCUGAUGGAAAAAUAGAAUGGUGUGAGAUCUUUGGCUAUUUUAUAAUAGAAGGAGAUGCUCUUGCUUCCCAGCUGGAUGAAGAGAACAUGGUUUUCCUGGUGUCCCGAAGGCGGCAGAUUACCAAAGCAGGUGUCAAGAGACGAGAUGCGAUUAGGUGUAUAGUUAAGGUGCCACAGCUGGAUUUCCUGGUGACAGCUUCUCAGAAAGGCACAUUAACUGUUUUUAAUAGCCAGAUGAGGGUUCUGGCCAGCACAAAUAUUGCAGAUAGUUCAUGGAUUACUGGAUGCGACUACCUUACUCAGCUCAAACGGGUGGUGGCUGUAACUGAAAGAACUGUUAUCAUCUGGGAUUAUAAAUCACAAGGCAGCUGCCAGGAUAAUUGCUUUAUUAUCAAACCAAUGGAACAUUGUCUGCUUUGUGUAUCUACGGUGAAUAUAUCAGAUCAACAGGCUAAGGAUGACAUUUUAAUGGGAGAUGAUGGUGGUCAUGUCAGCCUACUUACAGUGACCAGUGAUGACUUUGGACUGAAGCAGUCUAAAGCCAAACGAAAAUCACAAUUGCACGUCUUGGAUUCAAGGAACUUUAAAAACAUUAAACGGAAACUACAUGAUGACUGGGUUGUGAAAGUUAAGUACAUCUCUGUCCUGAAUUGUUUUGGAUCCUGCUCCUUAGACAGCGUACAUUCAUUUGUUUUGGAUGACUUAAAGAGACUAGAGGACAACAAACCUGUCAGAGAAUUUUCUGUCCCAAAGGGAGUUAAUGCCUUCACAUAUUGUGGAAAAGCAAACAUUAUUGUUACCGGAGGUGAUGAUAAAGUUCUUCGUUUAUGGCAUCCCAGUAUAAACACCAAGCCAGUGGGGAAACUGUUGGGGCAUUUAUUUAGCAUCAUGGAGAUUGUCACAAAUGAAAAAGAUCAGCACAUUGUCAGCCUUUCCUCUGCAAAGGUUUUUAGAGUGUGGGAUAUACAGACCCUUUCGCUACUUCAGGUCUUCCAUGAUAUUCAAGGAAGACCUGGAGAAAUGCAGAUUUAUGCUAUGGUAUUUGACAAUACCCACGGCAAACUGAUUACAGGAUCAUCUGUCAUUGAUAUUUAUCCUCUAACCCGUAUGAUACAAGAUACAAAACAAAUCCCACAAACACAUGAGAAAAGCAUUAAUGUACUGGCUUACAACUGGGCUUUUCACCAAGUUCUCACCAUUUGUGCUGAAUCUAUUGUGAAGAUUUGGGAACUCGAAACAGGAUAUCAAGUAUACCAGAUUGAAGAUGCCCAUGGGCCGAAUAUUGAAAUAACAUGUGCAGCGAUUGAGAAAAGUGGUUUUCAUUUUGCUACAGGGGCAUGUGAUGGAACAAUGAAAAUUUGGGAUUUUGGAAGUGGGCAGGAGAUUAAAGAUUUGCCUCUAGCACGAGAGAGCAGAGAAGAUGAGCAGUGGCUGCAGCUAGUUUAUCUGAAGGCUAAUGAAAGUCAGCACAUGAUCCUAGCCUUGGAGCAGAGUGGAAAGAUCAAAAUUGUUCAGACUAAUAAAGGGGAAGCUUAUCUGACUGUCACCUGGGAGCUUCCUGAGGCUAUACCAUUUUUGCAAAAGAACGCCAUCAUAUGUGUACAGCUGAAACCCAAUACAAGGCAACCAAAUGGAUUUUUUCCAGAUGUUCAGCUGUUGCUUGACUCCAGUUAUGAGAAUGAAGAAACACAGGAUCUGCCACCUGGCUCAGAAACAAAGUGCUUUGAUGUGUUAAAAGUAGAGGAAUACAGCUUGUUAGCUACUGGCAGAGCAAAUGGUGGAAUUACUUUGUGGAAUUUUGAAUCAGCCACUGUCAGAUACUUGUGGAGAAGUCGUCAGUGCAAUCAGACCUCUGCCCCUGUAGUAUCUGGAGUCACUGCUCUGCUCUUCCUUUUCCCACCUGCCUCAUUUUCCAGGCAUGCUACUCCCGGGUCCUCGAUUGUUUCUCUCUUUAUGAGUGAUAUCACUGCCAUACAGGGCCCUGAAUACAGCCAUGUGAGCCUGAAGAAGGAGAAUCUGAAAAGUGAAGUAAAUAUUAAAAUAACAGAAGAUACAGAAGGAGAAGUGGAGGAGACAGUCAAGUCUAAGAGCGUGAGCUUCUUUGAUCCCAAAGGAGAAGCACCUGGAAUAUCCAAAAACUUCUCAGGAUAUAAACGUUCACCAAUAUUGGCUUCUGCUCAUGAAAAUGGAAACAUCUAUCUGUGGAAUAUAAAGGGAGAUCUGCUGAGAGAAGUUUUGCCCUUCACAAAAUACUCUGCUACUCCUUUGACAGUCUUGUGCAUAGACCUCUCUGUGAGAAUGCUUUUGGCUGGCAGCAAGGAAGGACAUAUUAUGUGCUGGGAUAUUGGCUCAUUUCUGGAAGAUCCAGAAGAUAGUAACAAGCAAGUAAAGCAGCAACUUUUCUGGAGAGCUCAUUCUACCAAGGUAGUCAGCUUAUUCUAUGAAAAGGAGAAAAAAGUGGUGGUAACAGCCUCUGUGGAUGGUUCUGUCAGGCUCUGGCAUGCAACCAAUGGACACUAUUUUGGUUAUUUGGGACAGCCCAGGGUGUUUGAAUUAUCGGAACCCAGUGAUUUGAUUUUGCCCUGUGAUAUUAAUGAAUUUCCUACCAUAAUAAAAGAAAGCAACAAAUACAUGGAAAUGAAACAGACGUUUGAAUAUCCUCUAGUACUGGACAGGGAAAAAUGGAAAUCACUGACCAGAUCAUCAUUAAUUAUAAGGAAGCCAAGACCUGCUGAAGUGGAUCGGGAUUUCAAGUUUUUCAAAGCCCUCGCUUCUCCUAAGAUUAAUAGACAACCUUUGGAGAGUUUCAAGUCAGGAAACAAAGAAGCUGGGGUUGUGUUUGGAUCUCUACCUAUAUACAGAGUCAUCAGUUCAGCAAAGCUAAGAAAUUUUCCCCCACUGUGUUCAGACCCAAACCGAGAGUCUGUGGGGAGCAUUGUCAAAAGGCAUAAGCGUCCUGCAAUUUGUGAACAAUCACGUUCUUCGGUAAGAAAAACUGAAAAAUGGACUGUGACCCCUGGGGAAAGUCUGGCUCAAUCCUUUCCUUCAACCAACCCUUCCUAAAGCAUGAGAUUGUAGGAACUGCUGUUCCUGUAAUCAAAAAUAAAACUCUGGCACCAAGGGAAAAUGGAUAUAUUUAAAGAAAUUGUCACCAACAAGCAAGCAGGCUAAACCUCAAUACUGACAUUGUAUCAUUUCACAUAUCAGUAGCUCUCUUAGCUAGGAUAACUGCCAUUCUCCAUCCCAGAAGAUGUGGGAGAUGCUCACGAGACUUCACAAUACAUAUCAUCUAAGGCACCACACCUCCUAAAACUGCACAGUAUGACCAGAAAUAGUUCAUUGUUCUCAUGACACAGUAUAUUUGCAAACAAUUGACAGCUGUGGCUUUUCUGGUUUUUAAGUGCACGUAUUUCUAAAUGUUUUGCAUUAUUCUAAAUUUAUCAUGAUAGUUGCUUAAGUCCCCAAGCCCAUUGCCUAGACAGUGUAAAAAUAAGAAAAAAUGUGGUCCCUGCCUUCAAGUGCUGAGAACCUACAGGAUGAGACAAUUGGAUACAACUAACAGCCAAAGGAAAGAUAAGAUUAAAAGCCAGAGAACUGUGCCUGUAUAGGGUUGCGGGGUCAGGCAGUGACUGUAUGCAUGUGCACUUAUGUACACAUGCACGUAUUUUUGCAGUGUUCAAACCUAUAGUAAUAGGAAAUCUGAUUUCUUGCCAUGAAUAUGAUUCCAUAGUGCUUACUUAAUCAAAAUUCCCUCUGACUUCAGUAGAAGUUUCACCUAAGUUAAGAUGGUAGGCAUGGGAACCCAAAGCUCACAAGAUAUGACAGCAGAAAUAGACUUUCACUUUGCUCCUCUGCAAACUUGGAAAUGCAGUGCAGUCUUGUGUUGGUUCUUUCAUCCUGAAGUUACUGGGGAAGAUUAGGAAAGGGUUAGUAAAGGGUUAAAAAACCAAUGGAAGGAGGGGCAUAGCAGAUGAAAGGUAAAAGGAAACAAGAUAAUUUGAGGGCAAACAAAGAGAAACAGCAUCAAGAAAAAUGCUGUAUGAAGGAAUAGAAAGAGAAGUGAUUCCCAAUACAGAAAUGCAUUGGGAAUCUCAAGAGGAAUCUUUUUUUUCUAUGGUGUGUCAUGGUAAUAUGGUACCAUAGACUAUAUAAUGUCCAUAUACUGAUAUCACACUGUAAUGUAAAGUAUCUUAUGCCUUGUGCUGUCAAAAAAGUAAAUUGAGCUAAGACAGUUAUACAGAGAAAUAUUUAAGGAUUAGUUAUUAAAAUAACCAGUCACCCCAUCAAGUAAGCCGCUUAUUGUCUUCCAUGCAUUAAGCCUGAUAACAACACUAUCCAAUACGGACAUGCUUUUUUAUUUAUGGUGACAUUUACCACUGAGAACUGAAUCACAAGGUACAAAGGACUAGAUCUACAAAAGGACUUAUGCAUCAAAAUGCUCAGUGUUAGAGUUCCUGAAGCAUCCUUGAAAACCACACUUGUUGCCAUCCCUAGAAGAUACAACUUUGAUUCCCAGUUCCACGUACAAUGCAUGGAGGGCUGAAGCAAACUGAAAAUGGAUUUUGCAAAAGCUGCCACACCUAAGCUGCCAUCUCUUUUAGCUAAAGGAAAUGCUGAAGAGAAGAUGGUGUCUGAAUGGCUUGGAUCCUACCUACUUAAGGGACCACAUCCUCCUUUAUGCUUCUCUGUGAUCCCUAAGGUCAGAUGAGAGCAACCUUGGGCAAGUUCCAUCUGUGCACGUGAGGUCAUUCUCUGAAUUCACUCCUUAAUUUUGGAACUCUCUCCUCCUGGAAGCCCACCAAAGCUUGAGCCUGGACAUCUUCCAGUAUUGUAAUACCACCUUAUUUGGGCAGAUGUUCAGCAGGCAAGGUUACGUUUGGGGGCAUUGUUUGGGAAGUUGUUAAACUGUUUUUGGUUUUUUCUAAUGUAUUGGUUUUAUUGUAAGCCCAGAGCCUUUUGAGGGGAAGGGCAGUAUAUAAAUCAAAUAAAUCAAUAAUAAAAUAAAUAAAUCUCUAAUCUCCCUCA